AUGCACCCGGUAGAUCUCGGCAGCCCCGUCACCCCACCAGGGGAUGACCACUGGGACGACGAUGACUUGGUAGAAGUGUCGAUGCCCAGGACGCGUGACAACAUCAAAGCGGCCUGCAUAGAGAAUGGCAUCGCUGCCUUCAGCCUUUACGCUUCCAGGAAGUUCCGCCGAGUCAAGAACGCCCUCUUGUACGACUCUGCCCCGAUCGAUGACAGCUGGGAAACUAUCAAUUGGGACGAGGAACAGGAAGAUCGCAUGCAAGGGAAGGAGCAGGGCAAGGGCAAGGGCAUGACUCCCGUGUACCAUUCCUUUGUGUCGUCCGCUCUGUCGGGUAACGAGAAGCCGCGGAGGUUCAGAGGCGAUGCUGCAGUGGAUGGGCAAGAGGCGCGGGCAUAUCAUGCUGGACAGCGCGGUGCCGGGGGGGAAAUGAUGAAGCCUCGCCUGCGGACAGCGAAUGUCCCAAGACAGACAGAAACCCAUCAGGCUGCUUCCAAGAAUGCCGACAGCAACCUUGUUCAGCCCGCCGAGAAGCCUGCCGCGAAGAAGUGUGACAAGAAGUCUUUCGAUAAGAGUACCGAGAAGGCUAUCGAGAAGCUUGCCCAGAAGGCUGCUGACAGGGCUGCUGACAGGGCUGCUGACAGGGCUGCUGAGUGGGCUACUGAAGAAAACACUGAAGAGAUCAUCGCUAAGUGUGAGAAACCAGCCGAGCCAGUUGCGGCGCCGGUCAAGCAAAAGGGAAAACAAAAGAAGAAGAACCGCAAGUAUCAGAAUGAGGACUGGCUCGCCGAGGAGACCCAGCUGGAUGGGUCGCCAUGUGCCGCCGAGUAA